AUGGCCGGUCCCAAGACCACACAAACCCCCUCGACAAACCCCGCCGCCGAGCGCAUCCGCGAGAACCAACGCCGCUCCCGCGCCCGCCGCAAGGAGUUCGUCGAGGCCAUGCAGCGCCGCCUCGACGAGUACGAGAAGCAGGGCGUCGAGGCCACCCUCCAGAUGCAGCAGGCCGCGCGCACCGUCGCCAUCGAGAACUCGCGCCUGCGCCUGCUCCUCGCCCGCCGCGGUGUCACCGACCACGAGGUCGACAAGUUCCUCGCCAUGUUCGAGACGGGAAUCCCCCGCGACGACGAGAUCCUGCAGCCCCCCGGCGGCAACGGCAGCCUGCAGACCGUCAUCCCCCCUCCCUCUGCCCCCGCCCCCACCACCUACUCGCAGCAGCCACCUCCAGCAACGACGACGACGACGAGCCCAUACCAGCAGUACCACAGCGACGGCGGCAUCGACCGCCUAGCCGUGCUGGCGGAUGCUAGCAUCAGCGAUCGGUGCUGCGGCAGCGGCGCCUCGACGGUCGCCACGACGCCGACCGAGUCCACCGUGGCGGCGCAGAGCCCGCCCAGCACGGGGCCGAGCACGAUGCCCGGCACGCCCGUCUCGGGGCCGCACGGCCAGUACCACAGCCACAUCCACAGCCACAGCCACCACCACCACAGCCAUCAUCACCAUGGUACGGCGCAAGCGCAAGCUGAAUCCGCCUCGCCGCUCGUCAUGUCCUGCAACACGGCCGCGCAGAUCAUCGCCGAGAUGCAAGGUGGCACGCCGGUCAACCGUCACGCUGUCAAGGCCAGUAUGGGGUGCCCGGACGCCGAGUGCGAGUGCUUCGUCAAGAAUACGCUGCUCUUCCAAAUAAUGGAAAAGAGUGCAGCGUAG